GUCAGCCCUGUCAGUUGUCAUGAUUGUUAUGUCAUGUUUUUCUCUUUCUCUUUCUAGUUUCUCCACAUUUUUCUUCACACAUUUGUGUUUAUUUUUUUUUUCUUUAGAUCAAAACCUAUUAGAAAUUAUAUUUCUAUUUUGUUGCAUUUGCUGAGUCUACCAAAUGCUCAGCUCCGUUACGGCGUAAAAUGUGAAUAACUCCAUAUAUUUUAUUUAGAAGAAUUCAGAGAUAGAAUUUAAAAAAAGACUAUAAAAAUGGCAUCACAUACACAAGCCCAUCAGAGCAUCCAGAAACCCCCAUUGGAUGUCCCACCGGCAGUCAAAACCAAGCACUAUGAGACAACCGCCGGGAUAACUAAGAAGCUCUUACCAGUAGCUGCCUUUUUUAUGGCAUUCACUACAGUAAUGACUAUUCUGAUUGUGUAUAUGGACAAUACAGCGAUGAGACACUAUCAGUUCAAAGUGAACAUGAGCCAAGACUACGAGUUGUUUGGCAUCUCGCAAGACAAUGCUCAGCUGAUUACAUAUAUUCGUGAAGUGCAUUUGUCUCCAGCAAUUGAGCCUAACCAUAAGCCUCUUGAGACUGAGGACAUAAUUUUGCAGGACACUAUAUAUGUGCUAAAGCUAUUGAAAAAUAAACAGGGAGGGUCAUUUGUGGAGGCUGGUGCCUACAGUGAUGGAAAAACAUCCAGGACCGAGUGGUUGGAGCGCAAACACAACUGGUUUGGCUUGCUAGUACAACCGGACCCACGACACUACUUCAUCCUCCGAAGACAUAACAGAAAACGAUCACAAGCAGUGCAUGCCUGCCUUAGCCCUACAUCCUACCCCAAGGAAGUCACUUUGCAUCAAGACGCAGAUGGUGUGAGGGUAAAUAGCAUCCAUUCUGACGAUGAUUGGUUCAACACGAGGGUCAAGUGCUUUCCAGUCUAUUCAUUGAUGCUUGCAAUGAAUGUUACUAAUAUUGAUUACUUCAGUUUGGAUACAGGCGGAACAGAGCUGCAAGUAUUGGAAACGAUUCCAUACGACAGGGUGCGCAUAGAAGUCAUAGGUGUACACUUGACUACAAACGAUUCUGAAAGUAACACAAUUAAAGAAUUUCUGGAAAAGAAGCGGUACUCGUUCAAACAACGCUUCAACUCGUCAUACAUAUUCAAACUCAACAGGGCUAAAAUGUAGGUUAAGAGGUACAAACGAGUGGAUGGAAUAAUCCACUAUCACUGUAAUACAAACAUGAGUAUCACAAAACAUUGAUUUGAGUGUACAUACACACUUGAUUUAGCGGACUAGCUUAUGGUCUUCUGAUUAUUGUGUCCUGUGAUUUUUUUAUUGUUUUAUACAAGUGAUGAUUCCAAGCAUAUUUAAAAAUUGAAGUUAGAGCUUAACAUUCAGAAAUAGGAUCCUCAAUCAAAUAUUAUGUCUCCACAUGUUAAAGCUUAUUAAAAAUUCCAAUGUUUAAGAUGUUUUUAAUAAGAACAGGGUACAUGUUGUUUACAAAUUAUAUAAUAUACAGGCUCGCACAUAUUAAAUUUAUAUACAACUAUAAAUUCCAGGCAAAUUUAAAAGUAUAAUUUUUCAGUAUCCUGAAUAACGCAUUUAACAAUUUUAUUUGAAUUCUAAUUUUUAGAAGUACUUGAAUUUGCAAGAUGUUCAAUCUAUAAUCUUGGAAUAGUAAAUAUAUUUGAUGCAUAUCUUAAUUUUAUAUACUUUUAUUUAAGGCCUCAUAUAGUCUUAAGUAUAUUUCGUAGUUUUUUCUGGCUGAAUUUAUGUUUUUAUAAGCUAGGUUUAUUCAUCGUUGAUCCUUAAAAUUUACAAUAUCUCAUCGGCUCAAACAGUUAAAUAUACGGUUUUUAUUUCAGAAAACUGUUUUUUAAACGAAUUUUUUUGGUCAUACUGAGUGUAAUUUCAAUCUACCUUAAUGGAACAUCUACAUGACCUCAAUAUCAAUUUGUAAUUCUUUGAAAAUACACUCGUUAUUGAUACAUUGUAUUUAUAAAGUAUGUCGUUCAUCCAAAAAUAUUCGUUUUAAAACUAAAGCUUUUUUAGUCAUAGUGAGUGUAGUACCAGUCAAUAUAACUGGAACAUCUGCAUAACCUCAGUGGCAAUUUAGUAAUGAAUGAUUUAUUGAAGACGCACUCGUUAUUGGUACAAUUAUACUGUUUUGUCUCCAGUAUUUUUAUAAACUAUUUCCAUUGUACUAUCUCUCAGUACACAAAGAUCAGAUAAUCAUAUAGUAAGAAUUGACAUUAUUUCUAACUGAGGACAUACAAAUGACUCUGCUAGACAAUUUUGUUGGGAAAGAAUGAUAUUGGAUAUAUCACCACAUUAGGUGGCGAAGAAAUGUUAUAUUUUCUACUAAGACCAACCUUUUUUUUCCAGAAAAAUAGUAACAUUGUUGCGAUAAUUUUCUUUCAUAAGUUGAAUUAGUUUUAAAACAGCACCCAAGACUGAUAUAAAGAUGCACAUAUAUUUUAAGGUUACAUUGAGUUGGUGUUCAGUAUUCCAAAAAUAAUCUCUCUAAUUCUUAAGCAAACUUAGUUUAUAGUUUAGUUAUUAUUUUUUAUACAAAAGUGCUUUCCUAAAUGAUUGAUAUUUUUUUAUUACGAUUUUUAGCUAUUACAGUUAGCGUUACAUACUUAUAGGUUUUAUUGCUGAAAUAAAAUGUUAUAUAUG